UGAUGAAGGGAAGAAUUAAAAGAGGGCUUGAGGCCGUAAUCGAUCAUCAGAGUUAAAUCGAGAUUUGUGUUGGAACACCACCGAAUUGUAACCGUCAUCCGAUCGGUGUGCUUUCGUUUUCGUUUUGGGCGUUUCUUUUGAUCGAUCAAGUAUCAAGAACUGAGCAGAUUGAUUCAGAAGUCUCGAAAUUGCGAUUAUUAGGGUUCUGUUUGGCCUUAAACGCUUAUCCCUCUAGUAAAGCAUUGGCUCGAAGAACUUUGAAGAUUGAAGAUAUAGAAGUAUAAUGGGAGGAUAUGAUUUAGAUGAAUAUGAAGAUUACGAAGAUGAAGGUGAAUACCAGGAAGAUAAUGUUGGUGAAUAUGAAGAAGAAGAAGAAGAAGAGGAAGAGGAUCGAUUACCUACACAGGAAGAGAUGGAAUACCUUGAAUUGAGAGCAAAAUUAAAGGAAUCUAUAAGAAAGAAGAUGAAAAAAGAUUCAGGUUCUGGCCUUGCCAAUUUUCGGGAGAAAAAGAAUAAAAUGCCAUAUGACAACUUUGGAUCCUUUUUUGGUCCUUCACAACCAGUAAUUGCUCAAAGGGUAAUUCAAGAAAGCAAGUCAUUGUUGGAGAAUCCACAUUUGGCAGAAAGGGUUCCAAAAGCUAAGAAUAUCCUUCCACAACAAAACAAGGGUAGUUCUUCAGCUCCAACAGGAUCCAAACCUAGACCCAAUGAGGCUCCACGAAAAGUAGACACAUGGGCUAAACCCAAAGCAAAAAUCCAAAUGCUUAAAAACACUAGAGAUUACUCAUUUCUAUUAUCAGAUGAUGCUGAGCUUCCAAUUCCACCAAAAAACCCUCCAAAACCCUCUUCUGCUCCAAAACCUGAUGCACAUGUGUCACCAAGACCACCGGUCAACAACGGGGGUAGAAAAGUCAUAAAUGGCCGUGAAGAGAGGAGACCGGGCCCCACAUCUAACCAAACCCGAGUGAGACCACCACCACCCGGUCAACAACAAAGUCAAAGGCCUAGUGGAUCAAGUAAAAUGACAUCUUCGUCCCUAGAUUCUAGAAAACAACUCGGGAGUGGUCCCGGGCGGCCAUCAGGACAAAAACCCGCGAUGCCCUCCAAGAUGCCGCCAGUUGCCGCCAAGCAAAAGGUGAUUCCACCACCUGUUUCUAGAAGCAUACCCACUGGACACAAUCACAGACCUCAAACAUCAAACUCAAGACCACUGCCACCUGUCACCCAAAAGAAACCACUGGAUCAAAAAAGAGGAUUACAAUUACAAUCACAAUCACAAUCUCAACAAAGGAGGGAUGAUAGAGGGUAUGAAAAUAGAAGAGUUGAUGAUAGAGAUAGAGAUAGAGAUAGAGAUAGAGGGGGAUUAGGAUUACAAUCCAGUAAAGGAAAUGUUGUUAGAAAGCCGAUUUUGUCUUCUAAGCCUCAGAUGAAGCAACAACAACAGGCGAGGCUUUCGACUAGUGGACAACAAAGAGAACGGGCGCAGAAAAGACCAUCUCGCCCUUUUGAGGAUGAUGAUGAUGAUGAUACUGCGAAAGCCUUCAGUAUGAUGAGAAGCAUGCUCAAAUAUAAUCCCAAAAAUUACCAUGGUGAUGAUGAUGAUGAUAGCGACAUGGAGGCUGGUUUUGAUGACAUCAUGCGCGAGGAGAAACGGAGUGCUUGGAUUGCUAAGAAGGAAGACGAAGAAGAGCUUAAGAAAAUAGAAGAAGAAGAAAGGCGGGAACGAAUGAGAAAGAAAAGAAAGCAAAGUCAACGAUAAGAAUGUGUUAGUUUGUGUGUGUGUGUGUGUUAGAGAUGUGGGUCCCAGUUGUGAGUUGUUGUGACAACCAUGAUUUUGGCAUAUUUUUGCCAAAAAGUUUUUCUUAAAGUUAGUUAAGAUGAUGAUGUUAUGGGUUAGAGAAGGUUCAUACAAUUGUGAUGCUCGUGAUGUUUAUUGGGGUUUUUUUUUAUUACAUUUUCACAAUGGUAAUUUCUUUUUUUUUUUGGAAGAAAGUUAUAAUAUAUUUCUUUGGAUUUUGAAUCUUUA